UGCGAGAGGGGAUUUAAAUUAGACAAAUACUGUCCAUCGUCUUUGACGGACAGGAUAGCUAUCUGCCUUCUCAUGCGGCCAGAGGUAAUCCGCUAUUAGCACUGUUUGACGACGAGCCGAACGUUGAGACAGUGCGACGUUAGCUAGCUUGUAAUGUCGGCACUGUUGGACUUGUUUUCCCCUCUAGACCCCGCUUCCUGUUAGCCUUGGGCUAGCUGGAAAAUAGAAAUUAUGCUAAUGAACGAGCAGGUAUAGUUAGCCAACGCAAAGGGGUGUAACUUUACCACUUACAGUAGGGUAGCCGUUGCAGUUUAGUCGUAAUUUAUUCGCGAACCUAUGUUAUAACUUUAUUUUACCACCAGUUAUCGGGGCAGUUGGUUUCCUUUAGUUUGCUAACGCUCGACAGCUAGCCAUCUUGCUCGUGUUGACGGAUUUAAGUAUUUAACUUGCCUAGCUUUUGGUGGCACAGAGCAAGCGAUAAUAACUUCAGUUGAUUGUUAAUGUCGGAGUCGGACUCGUAUAGGACCUAAUUGCGUGCGACCAAUGCCUAUAAAAUACUUUAUUUUACUGUGUGAAAGCCUGACAGUGUUCACUGUGAAAAGACAAUAGAGAAGCAGCGACUUGUUCAGCCGUUGUUCUGGUAACGAGGACACCGCUGAUAACUAAGUAGAGAGAAAAUAGCAUUUAGGUUAGUGUACUGUUAUACGGCAUGCUGGUGUAGUAGCAGAUUUUUUUUUUGAAUAAUUACUUAGGUUCAUAAGUGGGAAGAAUAGAAAAAAACGGUUUGCGUUAAGUUGACCCGUGCAGAUAGCUCGGGGGAGAGUGGAUGGAGUCGAUGCAGAUGGUGCUUGUGCGACAUAUGAGGGCUGCGCUUCCCUGAACCUGCUGCCUCCAUGUACCUCAUCUCAUUACAUUAAAACAAAAGCUUUAAAUGCCUCGGAAAACACUCGGUCGUCACCAGAGGUAAUUAGGUGGGUAUAGAGACGCUGACAAGUGGUCUGAAGAGCGAGGCUGCUGUCCGUCCUUUUCUCUGGACGUCCAUCUCAGCCUACCUUCAUCACAUCCAUCCACCGCCGCCCUCCUCAUUUCCAGCCAUGGACCCUCCGAGGACUCGGUCUCGGUCUCGGUCUGGCUUCUAUCAUUUCGCCAUGAACGGCAGCGUUGGAAGCAACGGCAGCGGUAACGCGGUCGGUAACGGGAGCCUGAUGAACGCCAGCGGAGGAGGGGUGAGCUACCCGCAGCAGAGCAACCCCGGCUGGGCGCCGCACCACGGAGGUCGCAGCUACCCGGAGAGCCAGCAGCAGCACACCCCGGGGAGCUACCUGUCCGCAGGGGCGCAGCGCCACUCUUCGCACGGAGCUCACAGACACCCUGGGGCCGGAGGAGUGCUACAUUUUCAUCCAGAUAAUGUGUGCAGUGAGGAUCGGGACAAAAUGGAAGACAGUCCAAGCCCGAAAAGGCAACGUCUUUCCCAGCAGUCCAUGUUAGAUCUAAGCUCCGCCCCUCCCUCUACUCCUUCCUCCCCCAUUCGCCCCUGGGAGCUGCCUCCUAGUCGCAGACCACACCCCCACUACAUGCCAGAGAGAUGCCACACACCCGUACGAAACCGUCGCAGCCCUCCAAUGAGACGCCAGCGUGGACGGAGAGAUCGCCUGACACGCCACCACCAUCACGCCCACAACAACCACCACCACUACAACGGCAACAACAAUCACCACCACCAUCAUCACCCCAACGCCCACCAUCAUCACCACCACCACCUGCACUCCCACCACGGCCCGUCGCCAGGCCAUCAGGAUGAAAACUACCGACAUCCAGCUCCUCCUCAGGGUUACCCACCCUACAGCCAGCAACCUCCCAGAGGGCCUGGGCCCGGGCCCGAAGAACGCCCAGGUUACCAUCCCCCAAACCCCUCCCCGAGACCUCUACACCAGUCACCCAACCUGUCUCCCAGGCUGCUGCACCCUGCGGCACAUCCACAUCCACAGCACCCACACCCCCACCCGUCCCAGCAACAGAGCAGCGUGGUGCUGGACCUCCAUGAGCAGGGUUCAGCUCCAGUGUCAUAUCCUGUAUCUCCUCCGGGAGCGCCGCCAGGCCUCCCCCCUCGCUCUGCCCCACAGCAGAUACCAGCAUGCUCAGUGGUCUUCAGUGGACAGCACUAUCCCGUCUGCAGUGUCCCUCCUCCGGUCCUUCAGACUUGCUCUGUGCAGCACUUACCCAUGCCCUACCCAUUCCCAUCACUGCUGUCCAGUGACCCGGCCUUUCUGCUGCCCCCUCCUCACCUCACCCACCCCCCCACACACCUCUCCCAUCAUCCACCUCACUUGCCGCAGCCAGGACAGUUUGGACCCUAUCCAGCACAGCAGGCCCGAUCGCCUUUACAGAGGAUAGAGAAUGAUGUAGAGCUACUUGGAGAACAUCUGUCUUUGGGUGCUGGGCUCCACUAUCCCCCUGCCACCCACCCUGCCCUCACCCCACACUCCACACAGCUCCAUUUCCUCUCCCAUGACCCCCUGCCACAGGAGUUCUUUGGAGUGUCGUAUCCAAACUUCAUUCCUCGGCGUCUCCCGGGGCGACGGUACCGCUCACAACAGCUGCCACCUUCGCCUUACCACCCCAGCCUCCUGCCUUACUUCCUAUCAAUGCUGCCAGUCCAGCCCACAGGUCCUGCAAUCAGUCUAGAGCUGGAUGUAGACGAUGGAGAAGUGGAAAAUUAUGAGGCCCUCCUGAACCUCGCUGAGCGCCUGGGAGAGGCUAAACUCAGAGGACUGACCAAGGGAGACAUUGAACAGCUUCCUUCCUAUCGAUUUAAUCCAAAUAACCAUCAGUCUGAACAAACACUGUGUGUGGUAUGUAUGAGUGAUUUUGAGUCCCGCCAACUGCUGCGAGUCCUGCCCUGCAGUCACGAGUUCCACGGAAAGUGUGUCGACAAGUGGCUGAGGGCCAACAGGACGUGUCCUAUCUGUCGGGCCGACGCCUCCGAGGUCCAGAGAGACUCAGAGUGACCACAUGAGGGAGCCAGACACUCCCUAUUGUCUGUCAAACACUUCAGCACUGCCUGCUCCCGAUGUAUUGAAACACAUGUGCGUGCAUACACACACACACAUACAUACACCCCAUUACCUUUCUUUUUUGUACAGCACUCUUUCCUAAUUUGUUGUUCUUUUGUUCUUUGCUAAUAUAUUGUAUCUCCUGUUACAUCUGAUGUGAUUUUCACCAGAUGGUUUUUCUUCUUGUUCUGUUCUUUGCUGUACAUGCACAUGGGUCCUCAAGAUUUUUUAGGAAAUGACCCACCAUCCUGCAGUGGUGUGUGUGUGUGUGUUUGUGUGUGUGUGUGCGCGCACGUGCAUGCACCACAACUGUGCAAGCGAUCUUUGGUCAACCCUGUAAUGCAGGGCUGUGGUACAAGACUGUGUGUGUGAUUUCUGUGUGUGUGAGAGAGAGAUUUUUAGAUGUCCUGGAGCAUGUCUGAGUUUCUGUUGUGUAUCAGACAGGAGUAUCAACAUCUGAGCGUUUUUGCUCUCAUGAGUGACUGACUUUACUUCCUGUUUGUAUGUUUAUGCACUGUCUGUUUGUAUGCAUACUAUGUGUGUAUGUGCGUUAUAGACUUAAUCUUUUUCUCUAGUUUGACACUAAGGGUCCAUGCUGCCACUAUAGUUCUCGGUUGCCUAUUUGAUCCAGUUGUUUCAGUAGAUUAUUAUUAUUAUUAUUAUUAUUAUUAUUAUUAUUAUUUGACCAUUAUAAGUGAUUGUUUUCCUGCCUGGCAGUUACCUCAUCAUUCCGGUUUUGGUCAUCACUCAUUACAAGCGCUUCACAGCACUACUUUGAAAUUAAGCACAUAUAUUUUUCUUUUCCUUUCUUUUCUUAGCAAAAAUAAGUUUGUCUGUGACUUUGCAGUGGCACAUGUUACAUAUAUAUAUAUCUAUAUAUAUAUAUAUAUAUACUGUAUAAAUCUAUGAAUAUCUGUAUACCAAAUAAAAGGCUUGAUAUAAACUUUUUAAA